AUGUCAGUGCCCCCAACGAUCCUUCCAGGGGCCGCCGAGCCCCUAGGGUACCUUCCAGGGAAGGCAGCACUCCCAGGGGCAGCAGUGCCCCCUGGGUCCUUGCCAGGGGCUGUGGUGCCUCCAGGUGUCCUUCCAGGGGCCCUCCCAGAAGCGAUGGAGCCCCUGGGGCUCUCUUUAGGGGCAACAGCAGCCCCAGAGGCCCUCCCAAGGACAGUCUCCCCUAGGGGCCUUCCCAAAAGCAGCGAAGCCUCCAAAGGCCCUCGCAAGGGCGGAGGAGACCCCAGGGGCCCUGUCAGGUGCGGCGGCACUCCCAGGGUCUCUCCCUGGGUCGGGGCAUCCUCAAGGGCCCUCCCAUGGGCGUUGACGCCCCCAUGGGCCCUCCCAGGGCGACAGCGCACCCAGGGGCAGCAGUAUCCCCAGGGGCCCUCCUUAAGGGUGGUAGCAGCCCCAGGUGACCUCCCAAGGGCAGCAGCACUCCUAGGGUUCCUCCCAGAGGCAGCGGUGCCCCCAGGGGCUGUUGAACCCCCAAGGCUCCUUCCAGAGGCCCUGGGUAAUACUUUCUUUGGGUCAAUUUAG